AUGGGCAAGCCAACAGUCUUACUGAUCGGCCCUUUGGCUCACACAGACAAGGAAUGGGAUGCACUUGGCGACAAGUAUAAUCUGAAGGAAUUCAGAUCCGGUACUCGAGAUCAAUUUCUGAUCAAGCUCAAGGAUGAGUUCAGCGAUGUCGUUGGCAUUUAUCGCUCCAAUCUGUCUGUUGCUCAGACUGGUCCCUUCGACAGCGAGAUCUGCUCUGCCAUGCCUGAUUGUCUAAAGUUUAUCGCUCACAAUGGCGCCGGCUACGACAACAUUGAUGUUGACGCAUUCACCAACAAAGGAAUUCACAUCUCCAGUACUCCGAUCGCUGUCGAUAAUGCUACCGCAGACGUUGGCAUCUUCCUCCUACUUGGGGCUCUUCGGUAUGCUACCAUUCCGCUCAACGCGAUCCGGGCUGGGAAUUGGCGAGGCAAGACUCCAAUUGGUCACGAUCCUAACGGAAAGACUCUCGGCAUACUUGGAAUGGGUGGCAUCGGUAGAGCCAUGGCUCAUCGCGCUUGCGCUUUCGGCAUGAAAAUUAUCUACCACAACCGCAAUCGUCUUCCCUCUGAACUGGAAGACGGUGCGAUAUAUGUCAGCUUCGAUGAGCUUCUCGCCAAGAGCGACGUUCUGAGUCUGAACCUAGCCCUCAAUGCAAAGACGCGGCAUAUCAUUUCGGCUCCCGAGUUCACCAAGAUGAAAGAUGGAGUGGUCAUCGUCAAUACUGCGCGUGGUGCUCUCAUCAAGGAAUCAGACCUGGUAGAAGCUCUUGAAUCUGGCAAGGUGGCCUCGGCGGGCUUGGAUGUAUUUGAAGACGAGCCCACUGUUCACGAGGGCCUAUUGCGCAAUGAGAAGGCUUUCAUUGUUCCUCAUAUCGGCACAAACACCUACGAGACCCAGCGCGAGAUGGAGCUGCUUGUACUCCGCAACUUGGAAAGUGCAGUGGAUGGCAAGGGCUUACUCACUCCUAUUCCCGAGCAAAAGACCAAGGUGAACGGUAAUCUCUAG